GUAGGGGUGGGUCAGCCUGAGCAGCUACCGGAGGAUAGGGAUAUACAGGGCCGGGCAGGGGCUGCUCUGGUAAACACAGGCGAGGAACAACGCUUGUUUAUAAUGCUGCGGGGAUAGAGGAGCGGCUCGGCCGGUGGUAAUCAUGACCCCAAAGGCCAGUCUUUCCAUAUGGGGUUGGGGAAGUCUCGGUGGCGUGCUCUUCCUCAUAACAUUUGGACCCUUUGCUAUAUUUUACUUCGCCUUUUACAUCCUCUGCUUCGUGGGUGGGGGUUUUGUGGUCUCACUUCUUUUCGGAAAGAUAACCUCUGAGAAGUACCUUGAGAGAUGUGAGCAUUCGUUUCUUCCUCCAACUUCUGCUGGAAUCUCGAGGGUCUUAGAAGAAAUGAAGCGUGAAGCUAGACCCAUCAAAAUUGACAGAAGGGUGACCGGUGCCAAUAUGAUUGAUGAACCCCUGCAACAAGUCAUACAGUAUUCCUUAAGAGACUAUAUUCAUUUGUAUUACACACUAAGCGAGGACGAAUCAUUUCUCCUUGAAAUAAGGCAGACUGUUCAGAAUGCACUCGUUCAAUUUUCCACCCGGUCUAAAGAAGUUGACUGGCAGCCUUAUUUUACCACCCGGUUAGUAGAUGACUUUGCCACUCACCUCCGAGUGUUCAGAAAAGCUCAGCAGAGGAUGGCAGAGAAAGAAGAUCAAAAGAAAGAUUCCUCUGAAGAUUUUGUAGAAACUUUUUUUGAGGUUGAAGUUGAAAUGGAGAAAGAUUCCUGUCGUGACCUCAUAUGCACUUCUUCUAAAGAUGAGGAAGGCUUCCUGAAGGAUUUAUGUGAAGUUUUACUGUAUUUAUUGCUACCUCCUGGAGACUUCCAGAACAAGAUCAUGCGAUACUUUGUGAGGGAAAUCCUUUCACGAGGAAUUCUUCUUCCUUUAAUAAACCAGCUCAGUGAUCCUGAUUAUAUUAAUCAAUAUAUCAUUUGGAUGAUUCAUGAUUCCAAUUGCAAUUAUGAGGCCUUCAUGAAUGUCAUUAAGUUAUGUGACCAUAUUGGAGAGUUGGAAGCUGUGAGGGACAAAGCUGCUGAAGAAUUACAGUAUCUCCGUUCUUUAGAUACCGUGGGAGAUGACAUCAACACUAUAAAAAACCAGAUAAACAGUUUACUGUUUGUAAAGAAAGUAUGUGGAACGCGAAUACAGAGAGUGCAGUCUGGGAAAGAAAUUGAUACUGUGAAGUUGGCUGCAAACUUUGGAAAACUUUGCACAGUCCCGCUGGACAAAAUUCUUGUACACAAUGUUGCACUACAGUUUUUUAUGGAUUUUAUGCAGCAGACUGGGGGGCAAGCACAUCUCUUCUUCUGGCUUACAGUGGAGGGGUACCGGGUGACUGCACAGCAGCAGCUGGAGGUGCUUCAGAGCCGGCAACGUGACGGAAAGCACCAAAUCAAUCCAACAAAGGGGCUGUUAAAACAAGCUGCGGUUGGCGUGUUUGACCAGUACUUAUCAGAAAAGGCAUCACCAAGAGUUCAAAUCGAUGAUUAUUUGCUAGCAAAGCUUGAAGAAGUGGUGAAGAAUGAAGACCCAACGCCUGAGAUCUUUGAUGAGGUCCAAAAAAAGGUUUAUGACAUCAUGUUGCGGGAUGAACACUUUUAUCCCGCGUUUCGCCACAACGCUCUCUACAUACGAAUGCUUGCAGAGUUGGACAUGUUAAAAGAGCCAAGCUUUAAAGGAUCUGACGAUGGAGAUGGAGAGUCUUUUAAUGGAUCGCCGACGGGCAGCAUCAAUUUGUCUCUGGAUGACCUGUCCAACGUCACCGCUGAAGAGCCAAUACAAAUCCAUGCUUUUAUAUCUGACACUGUUCAUGUUGACUGUGACCCAUAUGCUGUGGCAGGAGUAUGUAAUGAACAUGGGAAAACCUAUGCACUGUACGCCAUCACUGUCAAGAAGCGAGAUGGCAUUCAGGAAAUAUGGAAAACCUAUCGGCGUUACAGUGACUUCCAUGAUUUCCACAUGCGGAUCACUGAACAGUUUGAAAACCUUGCCAGUCUCCUCAGGCUGCCAGGAAAAAAGACUUUCAACAACAUGGAUAAAGAAUUUUUGGAGAAGAGAAAAAAUGAUUUGAAUGCGUACUUACAGUUGUUACUAAGUCCUGAGUUGCUGAAGGCCUGUCCUGCACUGGCCCAUUGUGUAUUCGACUUUCUUGAGAACAAAGCCUACAAUAAAGGGAAAGGGGACUUUGCACGUAAGAUGGACACAUUUGUAAAUCCACUGCGCAAUUCAAUGAGGAAUGUCUCCAAUGCCGUGAAAUCCAUUCCAGAUAGCUUAGCUGAAGGGAUGAAUAAGAUGUCUGACAACAUGGGCAAAAUGUCUGAAAGACUCGGACAAGAUAUUAAGCAAUCUUUUACUAAGCCUCCAAUGCUUGUACCAAAACCUGAUUCUGAUCCUGAACAUUGCAGAGUGUCUGCGCAACUAGAUGAUAAUGUUGAUGACAAUAUCCCUCUUCGUGUGAUGCUUCUGCUCAUGGAUGAAGUCUUUGACCUGAAGGAAAGAAAUCAGUGGUUAAGAAGACAAAUCACCAGCCUUCUCCAGCAGCUCAUUAGAGCCACAUAUGGAGACACAAUUAAUAGAAAAAUAGUUGAUCAUGUAGAGUCCAUGACAUCACCUGACCAAGUAGCUGAUUAUGUCAAGCAUUUCAGAGACUCGUUUUGGCCUAAUGGGAUAUUGGCGGAGACUGCGCCUCGCAGAGACAGAAGUAUACGAAUGCGUACUAGAGUAUCUGCAAAAACAAAGCUGCUGGAAAUUAUGCCAGAUGAACUGAAGCACAUAAUUGGGGCAGAAACAACUAGAAAGGGAAUCCUUCGGGUCUUUGAAAUGUUUCAGCACACCCAACUAAACCGGAGACUUGCCUAUGUUUUUUUAGAAGGAUUUCUGGAAACCUUAUUUUCACAAUGCAAAUUCCAUGAGCUUUUUAACAAACUGCACUCCAGGUCAGAGCGAAUGAGGAGGUAUAGAGAGAGACAUCAGUCUUAUCAUGCACCCGCCUUACAGAAAAGGUGACACUCUGGACGGUCAAGUUGUGCCCUAGAAACUCUGCAGUG